AUGAGGUCAUGUAAACAAAAUACAACACAUUCUUGCCAAGCAAAUAGUCCAAAGAUGUCUGAUGACAAUAGUAGAAGUCCCUAUGAACAGGGAGAGCUUCAAUCCAGUCCCAGUCCAGAAUUUGUUCGUACGAAAUAUAAGAAGGAAAGACAAUUCUCUGUAUCACCAAAACGUGUAGAAACAAUUGAUGACAUUAUAGUAGUUGAUAGGGAUUCUGAAGAUGAUACAUUAGAUAUAAAACCACCCCAGACACAAUCUGGUAAACGUGAACGAUCUCACAAACAUAAACAUAAAGAUGAUAAACGCCGUGAUAGAGAUAGAAGAGACAGAGAUCAUAAUCGAGAUAAAGUGAGAUCUGUUCAUGUUGAUAAACACAGACCUAGACAAGACAGAGCAAGUGAUAGACAGGUAGAAAGACUUCCAGAUCGUCAAGAUAGAGGUCAUAGAGAGAAACGUGAUCAUCGUGAUAGAGACAGUAACCGUGAUAAACAUCGUGAAAGACAAGUUGAAAGAAUUGUAGUAGAAAGAGUGGUAGAGAAAGAAAGAAUAGUUAUUACUGAAACUAGAGAAGAACGGGAGACAAGGGAAAGCAAAAAACGAGAACAAUCUUUAAUGGAGAGGGAGAGAUUAGAAGAAAAAGAAAGAGAAAAACAAAGAGAUACAAUCAGACAAACAAGGGAAGAAAAACAGAGGAAAAUAGAAGAAAGGGAAAAAAGAAAGAAUGAAGAAAGAGAAAAAAGAAAGUUGGAAGAAAAGAGGGCACAAGCUGCAAGACAAG